AUGCACCGCUCCGGCGACGCCGACCUCUUCGACGACUUUUGCAAGGACAGGCUGCCCCCGGACGACAUCUACGUCCCGCCCCAGCACCAGCCUAUCAACCCGGAGGACGAGGAUGACGUGGUCCCUGACCAGCACGCCGCCUUUGGCAUCCAGCGCGCCACCCAAAAGGUCAAGGAGCCCGUGUGGAAGGACCUUGGCCUCGCAGACCUCAUGACCAAGGGACCCGGCCCCGGCGCCCGCACCCCUGCCGCAGUCGCGGGGGGGAGUGGACGAGGAGCGACCCGGCUGCCGCGGUGA